AUGACAAGGCAUAAUUUAAAAGAUCACCUGUCUUGGCUGUUGAACAUUGGACCGCUGAUACCUCCGUUGAUACCACAAGCACAAACCGCAGGUGGAAACAGUGUUACAAGACAAAAGGUUGCCAGUUUCGGAAAUCCCUUAGAUGUGGUGCAUACUGCCAAUGACGCGGUGACAUCGGUCUUACAACCCAUACAACACGAUCUUCAUCCUCAGCAUGCAACGGUUGAGGAGGCGGAUAUCGGGUUUGAGCUAUCGGAUGUGGACAUGGCCCGGCUUCAAUGUGCUCCACUAUCUUCAACGAAGCCGCGCAUGCUGAGUAGCAUCAAGCAGAGAUUUCCAGCUUUGCCGGGCAGGUCUAAUAUGCUGAAAGAAAAGCAUAGCUUUCCUGGGAACAGCGAGCCUCGUUCUGGAGCUAAGAAGAAUACUAGGCGUACUUCCCCAUCGCAAAGCAGUCCAAGAUUCCUGCCUCGUCAAUCAACCUACCCUGGCGAUUCCAAAUUUUCUGGCAAACAUGUUGAUUCCAUAGACCUAACGGGUGACCAAGGCCUCCAUACGUCGUCAUCGGGGACUGUUGAAACAUUUGGAGAGCCGCUACGGAUAUGGAGAGAGGAUUAUGCAUCUCGCCCCGAGCCAUUGAGCAACCGUGGAAUGAAACGAAAAAGCGAUGACUAUGAGGCAGACCUAAAAAUACCAACAGAUCCAAUAUCGCAGAGCUCGCAGGGAUCCCAAGUAACUCCGGAUAAAAAAGAGCCGUGCGAUUUUGCUUCUAGUUCAAGCCAUGGCAAGUCGGCUAAGAAAUCUUUAUUGGAUCCGUUAUCGGCUAUUGGUGACUCAGAAGGCGAAGACGACGGUAUUGAUCUUUUCCGCACUGACAACGAUAAAGAUUACCGAUCUCCCCCAUACUCAUUCAGUAGUCAUGACCUAUACCCAAAACUAGCUAAACAGAAAGAGGGUUGGCAGGGACCAAUCAACUCCAAGAAGUCAUCCCCGCGUGACCGAACGAGUCCAAGGAGUUCUGGACGUCGACCAUCAACAAUUGCUUCUCCUGUCCAACAGCAUACUCCUAUAUCGAAUGUGCAGGCACCGGAAGACCGCGGCAAUGGCUUAGGGAGCUCUAUCUCCCGUAGUACUUCCAGCUGUCGAGGAAGCCAGAAUCCCGCCUUGGCCAGUUUUCUCGCGCUUCCUCCUGGCUUUAUUGAAAAUCUUCUUGAAAAGUUUAAAGCUGACCGUUCCAGAAACGCAGAAAUGGCAUAUCAGCGGGCUAUGGAUGCUAUGGAUGCUUCUGAUUUGAUUGAGGAAAAUAAGAUAUUGAAUUCUAAGAUUGGGGCUCUUGACAACCUCCAAAAACGACAAAAAGCAUACACUUUAUUGCAGGAAAAGCAGGAGAAACUUAAGCAACGGAUAAUUCAAUUUGCUGAACGAGCAACGAUUCUGCCGGAUGCAUCUAGUGAUGUCGACAAAGCUCGAAAACUUGCACUGGAGCGCCAGGAACAGGAGGCUAAACUAGUCGAAUUAAUCGAGCAAUCCGGGAUCCUGAAAAAUGAAAGCGGGGCAGCUAUCAAUGGUACUAGGCCUCCAGCUCAUGAAAUUCUAAUCACAGGAACCCAAUUUCCAAAUAAAUGCACAGACAAUGUUAUAAUGACCUUCGAGCCCCAAAAGUCACCUCCAAAUAUCUCCCAUCCGCCAUCGCAAUCUUUUCCGCAAACGUUUACGAAACCCAAAACUCCUACAAAGUGUAACCCCAAAACCUCAACGUUUGGUGGCAACGAUGGCGAGUAUAUACUAGACAAAGACGAUCUCUUUUCUCGGAAUAUGGGAACGCCCGUCGCUUCGGAAAUGGUAGAUUUUGACAAUGACACUGAUGAUUUUGAUAUGCUCGAAGUAGCGGAACAUUUCGAGAAUCAAUGGUCUGGGCCUGUACGCAAUAUUUCAUUCGGAGGUCCGGCCAUGCGGCAUGAAACAACAUCUUCUGCUAAGAAUCCCGCACCCGAAUUAUUACAACAUCCGUGGUCUAAAGAUGUCAAGCACGCAUUACUACAUCGUUUUCAGCUGAAUGGAUUCCGCCCUAACCAAUUAGAAGCCAUCAAUGCAACGUUAAGUGGGAAGGAUGCGUUUGUUUUGAUGCCAACCGGAGGCGGAAAGUCUCUAUGUUACCAAUUACCUUCUGUCAUCCAGAGCGGCACCACAAAAGGAGUUACAGUUGUUAUAUCUCCUCUUUUGAGUUUGAUGGAAGACCAGGUUGCUCAUUUGAAGCGACUACAUAUCCAGGCAUUCCUUUUAAACGGUGAUGUGAGCAGAGAAGGAAAGAAGGUGAUAUAUGGUGCCCUCCGCAAUGCUAGGGUCGAACAUCUCAUACAGUUGCUCUACGUCACACCUGAGAUGGUGAACAAGAAUGGGGCAUUACUAGAUAUCCUAAGUCAUUUGCACAGCCGACAUAAAUUGGCGCGCAUUGUUAUUGACGAAGCUCAUUGUGUAAGCCAAUGGGGUCAUGAUUUCCGCCCUGAUUACAAGGAAUUAGGAAACACUAGAACGAGAUUUCCGGGAAUCCCACUCAUGGCACUUACCGCUACCGCCACAGAAAAUGUUAAGGUUGACGUUAUCCACAAUCUCGGUAUGCGUGACGCCGAAGUAUUCGUCCAGUCUUUCAAUCGGCCGAAUCUGAUAUACGAGGUCCGUCAGAAGCCGAAAGGCACAAAUGUAGUUGACGGCAUAGCCGAAACAAUCAAGACAUCAUAUAAUGGUCAAGCGGGCAUAAUAUAUUGCUUAUCCAGACAAAGUUGUGAGAGGGUGGCUGAACAACUUCGCGAGACGCAUAAGAUAAAUGCGGCCCAUUACCAUGCUGGCCUUCCCGCCGAGGACCGAAUAUCGAUUCAAACGGAUUGGCAAUCUGGAAAAUGCAGCGUCAUCGUGGCCACAAUUGCUUUUGGAAUGGGUAUCGACAAACCAGAUGUUCGUUUCGUUAUCCACCACUCGAUGCCUAAAAGCUUGGAGGGGUAUUAUCAAGAAACUGGGCGAGCUGGCCGCGAUGGCAAAAGGUCAGGCUGUUACCUGUAUUAUGGCUUUCAAGACACAGCAACCAUACGCAAUAUGAUCGACAAAGGGGAGGGAAGUAACGAGCAGAAAAGCCGCCAGCGUCAGAUGCUCCGUCACGUUGUUCAGUUUUGUGAAAACAGGAGUGAUUGUCGACGAGUACAGAUCCUCGCCUACUUUAACGAAAAGUUUAAAAAAGAAAACUGUAAUCGCUCCUGCGACAACUGUAAAGCGGGCUUGACUUUUGAAGACCGAGAUUUCACGGAUCUCGCUGCUUCUGCUGUGAAGCUUGUUGGACGUCUCGCGGACCGAAAGGUGACUACUUUGUAUUGUGUAGAUUUGUUCAGGGGCGCCACGAGGAAAUUUUCGGAUCCAGCAGAUAAAUGCUUUCCCGAAUUUGGCAUUGGAGCUGACCUAGAUCGCGGUGACGUCCAGCGACUGUUUUCCCAUUUGCUAUGUGAAGAAGUCUUGAGGGAAGAAAAUGUUAUCAACAAUGCGCAUUUUGCCACUCAAUAUGUACAACUUGGAGAAAAGGCCGCUGAGUUUCUCUCCCGACGUCACCGGCUAAUGAUUCCGAUUCGCGUUUCGCCUAAUAGCAAGACUACUCAGAAAUCCAAGCCUACCGCAAAAAGAAAUCGUGGCACCGGAGUCCGUGCUGUUGGGAAUGAAUAUCCAGCGUCCACAAAUGUUUCGUCCCCGAUCCAAGAAUCGUUGCAGCGACGCCAGCGUGGACGAAGAUAUACAGGCCCGGAUGUGCUCGAAGAUGAGGAUGAAAGCGAUGGUUUCGAACCGAUACGCGAUGCCGGACUACAGCGUCGGUCAUCUGGUCGAGAUUUGGGACCUCCAAUCACCAAUGAUGGAAAAAUAUCUCAGCUUGACCCUCUCCAGAGCAUCAUCGUGGACGAGUUUAUGUUUUAUGCCAAGAAUACCUGUCAUGAUAUAAUGAUGAAGAAGUCUCUUCGCAAUCAGCCAUUUCCUGAUGCUAUAUUGCGUGAAAUGGCCAUCAGCUUGCCACGAAAUAAAUCUCAACUGCUCAAAAUUCCCAACAUUGACCCUGACAAAGUCGAUCGGUAUGGAGACCAGUUUCUUCGCCUAAUCCGACGAGCCGAAGAUCGAUAUCAGGAACUUCUAGCAGAGAGAGAUCGAGAUGGAUCUCCGGUUCCCGAUCCAAAUCAUGAAAAUGUCAUCAAUAUCAGUAGCGGUUCUGAAUUUGGCUCAGGGGAAGAUUUUGAUGAUCGUAUUGAUGAUACCCCAGCUACAGGUGCCCCGAUUUUGGAGAGAAGUUCUUUCUUCGAACAAGACGAAGAAGUAGCCGCAUUCAAUGCCCGCAUGUCUCAACUCGAGCCCACACGGAACUCCGGUCUCACAACUAAUGCUUCUACCAGGCAGACGUACCGCUCAUCAAAACGAGGACCCGGUUCAUAUAACAAAUACGGUAUUGGUUCAUUUCGUGGGAAGAAUACGAAAUCUCGAGCAGGCUUUGGAGCGGGAGGCGGUACUAGUACUUCAAGUAAAAAGCCUGGAAAGUUUCGUUCCAAAAGGAAUUCCCAAUCUUCGUCUUCGCAUCCAACAAGACGCCAAGGCAGCCGCUCAGGCUCCGGCUCCGGCUCCCGUUAUGGUGGCAUCGGCAUGAUGCCUACGUAG